CCCCCUCUUUAAACAAAAAUUUCCCAGAAAACUUAAGAAAUUUGCAGAGGAAGAAGAAAAGAAAUGCAAGGAUGGUUGAAGAUCACCUUGGUGGCGGUUUCGAGUGGAAUUCUUCUUUCUCUUUUGUUUGCGAUCAUUAUUGUCAGAGCAUGUUGUCUCAGAAGACGCAGAGAGCGUUUUGAAGAACAAAGGCCGGAUUUUGCAGGGAAUCUGCACUCGGGCGGCGGCGGCGGCUUAUCGGAACUCCACCAUGUGAGUCUUCAACGUCUUGACCGAAACGGGACAAAGAAAACCGAUUACUUCGUUUUCCGACGCGGGCCUUCGUCCAGGCCCAACUUCAAUUGGGCCGACCAUCCUCACCUGAUCACCGACGCCGUCGAGAACGGAUGGUCGCAGUUUGGUUUCAGUGUCCACACACCGCCCCGGCCGGCGUCUCGAUCCGCCAGGUCUCUGCUAAGUUCCUGCACGGCCGGCGACACUCAAACGGGGGUGAAUAUACGGUGGGAAGCCUCUCCGGGCACGACUGAUUUUAUGCAGAAAAUCAGAUUCCGGUGCAAUCCAGAGCUCCUGAAGAGGAUCGCCAGCAGCAGGAACAAGUCUUCUUCAAUGGCGGCAGCCGCUGUCAUAAAGACUUCUCUCCCUUUCCCGGGCCCACCUUCUGGAACUUCCUCCUUCCCGCAGGAAGCCUAUUUCGAGAUCACAGUCUUGCCACUUGACCAGGACGAUGGCCGGAAAUCUCAAGAUGACAAGAUUACCCUAAUUGGAGAAGACUACAAUGCCAAAUCUCUGGCCCAUGUUACAAGCAGUGAUGAGGGCAGAAAGGGAAAUAAGAGAAAUAAUGACCAGCAUGUUUGGAUGUCCAUAGGACUAACUGGAAGUGGUUUUCUUCCUAUGAAGAUUCCUGGGAGCUACCCUGGUUCCAUUGGAUUCAACUCUAAUGGUUCUGUCUGCCUUGAUGGGAUGAUGCUAGUGUAUGAAGGAGAGGAAUGGGGGAGAACCGAAAGGGUAAUCGGAUGCGGGUACAAUCCGAUCCAGAAGAAGGUUUUCUUCACACUGGAUUCACAGCUCAUGCAUGAAGUUCACUGCAAAUCACAUGAGUUUGGAAGCCCGCUCUAUCCAACCAUAGCCGCAAAUUCUGCAGACGUAUUGGUUGUUGUGAAUCUUGGCCAAAGAGCCUUCAAGUAUGCACCUGCAAAUCUGCAGAGAACGCCGAACCCAAGCAUCGCAGGCCCACCAAACAAUCCUUCAGCUAUAGGCUAUUAUGAUGAAGACAGCAAAGAGCUUUUCUCUAUAGGGAGGAUUGAUUCUCAUCAGUGGAUGAAUAGAAGCACCACUGCAGAAAAAAACAACAAUACUAAUAAUAACAAUGGUGUUAAUGGACUGAAGCAGCACCAGCUGCUAGAUUUUGACUUUGAAUCCGAAGAGGAGCUGUUCGAAAUCGUGCUGGAUAGUUCCGGAAAAAUACCCAAACAACCUUAGGUAUUGACUGUUUGUGUUGGCUGAUUUGAACGGGUUGAUUGAGUUGACUGUCAACUAGUUGUGUGUGAUGCACACGAAAAGAUGGUUGAAGAUCAAUGCCU